AUGGCCGUCCAGGACGUAGAGUACCGUCAGGCAGAUACUCAAUCCUCCUUCCUAGGUGCUCUCGGCAUGCUGUCCUCCUCCCACUCUUCCGUUGACUUUGCCGGCAAGGUCGACCUCACAGGGCAAGCACACUCCUCGCCAUGUCGCAUAACUCACUGCCUUUCUGUCCCAGAGAUCACCGACGUCGCGGUGCACGACGUCCUCGGCACGAUCAUUUCGUCAUGGACCCCGAACAGGCUAUCGCGAACGCUCCUUGAACAAGUACCUCUACCCAGACUAACCCCAACUCAACCCUCCGUUUUCAGUCUCGCCACCCAUGUCCUCAAGGCCCAGCUCGUCAACCUCACGAGCCGGCUCCGGUCUCUCGAAGCGGAGAACAGCAGUCUCAACAAGGACAACACGACCAUCAUGGCCGAGAACAGCAACCUCAGGUGCACCAACACAAUUCUCGUCUCCGACCUGAGCACCCUCAACGGCGAAUUGACCAAGCUACGAGAAAACAACGAGAAGGCCAUCCAAACGGACAAGUUCAAAGAGGACGAAGCGAACCUUCAGGAAGACGCCUGGCUGGACAGGAAGAACAGCGAACCCUCUCCGCCAAUGAGUGAAGCAGACCUGACUCUUGUCGAUAGAUCCUUCGCCACACACGACUUUGAAUUCCUUGAAGACGCUACAACGAAUCUUACAAAGAACUUUGAAACGAAGGAAAGCCAUCAAGACGAGCAACAUCGGAACGUCCUCAACUUGGCAUCGAUCUCAACAUCUCCGUCAACUGUAAUGUCAUCCAGCACGAGCACAAACACAAAGACGAACACAGCAGCCACAGCAGCCAAGGAACCUCUCAUUAACGUUCGCAUCAAUCGACCUCGAAGCAGGACCUACCCAAUCCCAACGCUUCGCCGAAUCGCAACGAAGACUCAACAACAGCCGAUCCGGAUACCCUCGGCCGUCAAAGAGAUCCACAAACGCAAGGCUUCAUCAUCUAGAAAGCUAACUACCUCCCACAUUCGAUCCUCAACUCUCUCGCCUUCGGAUUCAGCUUCGCCUUCGACUUCGACAUCGAUGGUCUCUAGCUUCAGUGUGUCCCUGAACUCCGGUUUCUCGUUUAAGGACCAGGAUAAGGACCGCAUUCAUACUGACGCUAAAAGCAGGGCUACGAUGAAGACCAUGAAGCUUAAGUCUAAGUCAAGUGAGGAUCAGGCGCCUGGUAGUGAGAACGAGAAGGGGGUUUCAACACCCCCGUCUUCUCCUACCCCUCAUCUUCGUAUUUCUCCGACCCUUGAUACCCCGGGCUCUCAUCGGACCUCACCUGGCUCCGGUUCUGACUUUGUCAAACCUUUGUCGCUCAAACCUCAGAAACUCAAUGUCCCUUCUCCCACUCGUGUUGCAAGAGCUACCGUUCCUGCGUCUCCAAUCCCCCGACCGCCUCGUUCGCCACACCGCCCUGUUUCUACCCUUCGUAUUCCACUUCGCUCUCCCGCUAGGAGACGCUCUAGAAGCACUUCUCGAACUCGCAAUGCUAACACAUCUAGCACAACCAACACGCCAGCAAAGAAGAGGCCGGCUUUGCAAGCUCUGGACGUCAAUGCGAGCAAGCCUCGGGUUGCCAACGGAUCAAAGACAAUGCCACCAAAGGUCAAGCCACUGCGACCAAAACGAUCGGCGAAGGAUCUGGGCAAACGCCGUGGUGUCAUUCUGACUGAACGACUGCAAGGACUCGCGUCGCCUACGAAGGAUGCGGAUGGAACAAAGACUUCUCCUCACCCCUUGAAGGACGUUGCUCCUGCGAAAAGACAGGAUUCAUGCCAAACCGCUCUCGCUUCUACCAAUAGCGUGUCUACAGACUCGUUGCAGACCGAACUGGCCUCGGUCGAUUCCAUGUGUUCUGUUGUGCGUACGGACGGCCAUAGCUCCGAAGACGCAUAUAGCGACCUGGAUGGCGAUAGAAAGGUGAAAGACGCUCAGCUCAAUGUCAAACGUCACGACAAACCUGAUUCCGACAAGCAGCAAGACAACAACCCCAAAGACAUGGCGACCGACAAUGCAGCUUCUGCGAAGUUAUGUUCCUCUGUGCUAGCUUCUCUGGAGAGGAUCUGUGCUGCUUUUAGCGGCAGCGACCUUGGCUCACUCGAGAUGACUAUCAGCGAAGAGGGCGAGGGCGUAGUGGAAGAGGAUGUGUUUGAGAGUGCCGUGGUUGGGGGCGGUGGUGCAAAGAAAACAGGAGAGGAGCAGAGCCAGACCGUGACUAAGGAGAGGCAGGUCGCGGUUGCGGCGGAGAGUGCUGGUGCCGGUGUUGAUGAGGACUCGGAGGACCAAGAAGGGGACGAAACCCUCCGUAUCGCCGCUAGCGAUCUCUCAAGAACGGUUGGUCUAUCAAGGAGCCUGAGUCUGCUGCCACAGAUUCGGAGGGCGUUGAUGCUGGAGUCCGAGUGUGGCGACUCGGAGGAGGAAGAUUUGGAUCUCGACCUAGACUCCCAGCUGAAAUCAACGACGGAUACGACUGAAGACUUCUUCGCGGACUCUGCUCGUGCCUCAGCUUGUCGCCCGUCGACGCCUGCAACGAAAUCAAAGUCUAGGAUUAGCGUACGUUCUAUGAUCUGGUCUGCUUCUACUGUUUCUGGUUCUACACCUCGUCGAGCGCCUGAUCUGUCUCCUGCAAAGCUCCUAGCCUACGACAAGCCUAGUCCAUCCAUUCUUUCCUCGUCAUCGAGCUCUUCAACCUCUCUCGCAUCUCAAAGUUCUUCCUCGGAUGCGUCGGUCGGGUCACCUACGACAUUCUCGCCUAGAGCUCGGAAACUUAGCCGUUCCAAGCUCCAGCUGCCUCCGAUGGUGCUGGGCUCUACCGCCCCGCGCGUUGGACAUGUCGCAUGUGCCUCACCGCCUCGGCCGAGUAAUCAAACAGAGCCUGUCGAGAGGCCCAAAAUUGGUGGUUCUCGUUCUGGCGUUUCUCCUAGAUCCAAGGAUCCUGCGUCAUCUGCUAUUGCCCGAUCACCACGUUCUCCGCCUUGUUCUAGCUCUGGCAAUCUGAAGACUGUUCCUUCGCCCAGCAAGGCGCAGAUAAAGACAUCUCCGAAGAAGACGGCAACGCAGCGUAGCCCUCCUCGGAAAUCAGCCAUUGCAGCUCCUCGCCCUGUCAUCUUUCCAGUUCGCAAACCUCAGAAUCCAGCAAAGACAGGGACUGAACCAAGAGUGUCCAUAGGCCGCAACCUUCUUCGCCAUCUUCCAAUUGGUGCAAGUACGAAGAUCACCAAGCCAGCAUCCAAACCGCCUAUAGCACCUGCUCCAGCAGCCUCUGCUGCCCAAAAAUCCUUCCUCGCCCCACCAACUGCCUUGCUCGCCCCACCCAGCCCCGAAACGCAAAUACGAUCCCAAACGCAAGCUCAGACAAAGCCUCGCUCGCACACGGUCAACACCAUCUCGCCUUUGUCCCCUGCUCUCUCGACGCCGAGCCAGCAGGCGCUGGACGACGCAGCUGCCGCGAAGAAGCCAAGGUCGAAUACUGUCAAUACUUAUUCACCUGUCAGGAGCAGCCCGCUCGCUCAAAGUGUGGUCAACGCUGUGCGAGCGUCUCGGGAUAGCAUGAGCAUGAGGAUGCGCGGCAAGCCAGGUGGCACUGGUGGUGAUGGGGUUGGGAGAACUCCAGGAGGGCAGGUUCCGCCGGUUGUCUCUCCUACCACCCUUACUGUGCCAUCCGCCAAUACAAGUCCUUCCGCUGCGCCUACAACGAAAGGAGGCACGGCGCCGCUGCGUAUCGCAAAGAAGACAGCUGUGGCUCAUGCAAAGCCUUCAACUCCAGCUCCGCCUCCAGCUUCUCCUCAGAUGUCUACCGCUAGUACUACGAAGAGACUUCAACCUCCCGCUACCUCUCCUAACAAAGUGCACCUCCAUCCCGACGAUGAGGCGCCGCCCACAGCAGCUUUCAUGCGGCCUAAGGCUUCGGCGCCGUCGAAGGACAAUAUUCGAACUAAGAGGAUGACGAAUUCCAUUGCCCCGCUCAUCCCGAACUGGAGCCCCGGAGCUGCACCAGCACGUUGUAAGGGAAUUUUUAGGAAUAGUUUGAGUAUGGUUCGAUGA